AUGGAAGACAGCUUUGGCGGCGUGAAAAGCUGCUUUAUCCUGUUUCUAAAUCUAGGUGAUGUUAUACGUGACUUGUUGUCUUGGUCGGUGGAUCUAAUACAAGAAACAGAAGAACGCGGAUUUUUAGCUGCGGUAGCUGAUCUGCAGAUCUUGGGAUCCAGCAAAUUUAUUGCUUCGUUCCUUAAAGUAAUCUUUAAGGCAGAAACAGCACCGGUAGAGGCGAGUCAGGGAGACUAUAUGUUGCGACCUUCUGCCCCAUCUCUGACGAGAGCGAGCGGUGUUCAGGCUCAAAUGGAAAAGCCACGCUCUAAUAUUUUUACAGAUACAUAUGAUUUUCCCGAUGUCGCUCUAUGUGCCGGCACAGAAACUCUCGUUUAG